AUGUCAUCGAGUGCCGCCCCAAUCGCCUGGCGUGCGAACCUCCGGGCCCGCGCGCUCCCUGCAUCCCAAUGGUCUCGACGGCCGUCGGCGCUGCUGCCAAAGCGGGCCGAGCGUUGUCCCGGCGCUGUGAGAUAUGCUUCGGAGUCGGCGCCGGCGCAGAGUGCGGCUGCUGAGACUGUGAAGGAGGCGUCCAAGGAGAUCCCCAAGAAGGCCGGUCGCGGGUCCCGCAAGGCUUUGUAUGGCACAUCUCUGGCGGUCGUGCUGUUGGUGGGAUAUAUUUAUGGGACGGAUACCCGGGCGAGCAUUCACCAAUAUGCCGUUGUGCCUCUUAUUCGAUUGCUGUACCCGGAUGCGGAGGAUGCGCAUCAUGUUGGUGUAGACAAUCUGAAGCUCCUCUACCGGUACGGCCUUCACCCCCGCGAACGGGGUAACCCGGACAGCGAUGGUGCUCUGGCUACAGAGGUUUUCGGAUACACUCUCUCCAACCCCAUUGGUAUCUCUGCCGGUCUUGACAAGCACGCUGAUAUCCCCGAUGCCCUGCUCGACAUUGGCCCAGCUGUCGUCGAGGUCGGCGGCACUACGCCUCUCCCCCAGGAGGGUAACCCCAAGCCCCGGGUCUUCCGUCUUCCAUCGCAGCACGCCAUGAUCAACCGCUACGGCCUCAACUCUAAGGGCGCGGACCACAUGGCCGCCGUGCUGAAGCAGCGCGUGCGCGACUUUGCCUACGCCGCCGGCUUCGGCGACCACGACUUCGCUGAGCAGCGCGUCCUAGACGGUGAAGCCAACGUUCCUCCCGGCAGCCUGGUCCCGGGCAAGCUGCUCGCCGUGCAGGUUGCGAAGAACAAGCUUACUCCAGACGGCGAUAUCGAAGCCAUCAAGCGGGACUACGUCUACUGCGUCGACCGCGUCGCGCGCUACGCCGAUAUCCUCGUCGUGAACGUCUCCAGCCCCAACACGCCCGGCCUGCGCGACCUGCAAGCUGCGGCCCCGCUAACCGCGAUCCUGACGGCCGUCGUCGGCGCCGCUCAGAACGUCGACCGCAAGACCAAGCCCUACGUGAUGGUCAAGGUCAGCCCGGACGAGGAUUCAAAUGAGCAGAUCUCCGGAAUCUGCGAGGCGGUUUGGAACUCCGGCGUAGACGGCGUCAUCGUCGGCAACACGACCAACCGCCGGCCCGAGCCCCUGCCCAAGGGCUUCGUCCUCCCGGCCAAGGAGCAGCAGACUCUCAAGGAGACCGGCGGCUACUCGGGCCCGCAGCUGUUUGACCGCUCUGUCGCGCUCGUCGGCCGCUACCGCGCCAUGCUGGACCAGGGUCCUCCCUCGCAGACUGGCUCUGCGGAGGGCGAGAACGCGCCCGUCGAUGCGGCGAGCCUCCCACGAAAGGUGAUCUUUGCCUCCGGCGGCAUCACGAACGGCCGGGAGGCGCAGAAGGCAUUGGAGGCGGGUGCCUCGGUCGCGAUGAUGUAUACGGGCCUGGUGUAUGGCGGUGUUGGGACGGUCACGCGGGUGAAGCAGGAGCUGCGCGAGGAGCUGCAGAGGAAAUGA